UAUUUAUAGGUUUUGUUAUCUUAUAACAAAAAUCUCUGCACUAAAGCAAUGAUAUAUAAUAUACUGGCAUUGGGGCGUCAUGAUCCGCUUGAAAAAAUAGAAAAUUUUGAAUCGGAGAAUAAAAUAAUCAAUCCUUCGAAUUGUGAUUCCGUUGAAAAUUCUGUCUUUCACGAAGAAUUGCGUUUAACGGAUGAUGUUUUUGAGGACAUAAAAUUGAUUAUGAAAAACUUUCUGUCAGCGAUAAUCGUGAAGCAAAUGUCACAGAUUUUUGGAGAAGCAGAGUGGAAAAUAUAUGUCAUAAUAAAGCCACCUUGGACUACGGUAACGGCACUAAAAGGUGUUCCAAUGCUUCCAGUAUAUCUAUAAUUAUGCACGUGACAU